CAUCUUUUCCUGUCAAUCAAAAAUCUACACCUACAUGAGUCCAAACAAACCUCCUGCCGUUCGACCCCCUCUGCAAGAGGAGAACUCCGCUACGCACCACGACACAAAAUGCCAGAGACAAACGAUCAAUGACACAAAUAGAAAAGGGGAAGAUAGGAUAGAUAAUGGCGAAGCAGCUGAGGGUACAGUAAAAUCCGAGGGCAGACAUGACAAAGAGACCCGCCGUGGAUCGUCACCAUCUUCCUCUGAACAAAAAUCAGAGGCCGCAGAAUCCGGGCUACGGGCACCCCCGAAGUCUGCCGACACAGAGCCUGAAAAACCAGCCCCAAAGAAAGAAAGCAAAGCCAAGCCCGGCCCCAAGAGAAAGGCCCAGGGGAAAACGCAACAGAACCGAAAGGUUACAGAUUAUUACCCUGUGAGAAGAAGCUCUCGGAAAAGCAAAAAGGAGUUGCAGAUCGAGGAGAAAAAGCGGAUUGAUGAUUUAAUAGAAAGCGGGAAAGAAGAUGGCAUGAAGAUUGACUUCAUUGAUGGGAAGGGCCGAGGAGUCAUAGCAACCAGGCAGUUUCACCGGGGCGAAUUUGUGGUCGAAUAUCACGGGGACCUCAUUGAGAUUACGGACGCCAAGAAGCGAGAGGCCGCUUAUGCUCAAGAUCCAGCCACGGGCUGCUAUAUGUAUUAUUUUCAGUACCUGAGCAAAACGUACUGCGUUGAUGCUACGAAAGAGACCAAUCGCCUCGGCCGGCUGAUCAACCACAGUAAAUGCGGCAACUGUCAAACGAAACUCCACGACACUAACGGCGUCCCCCACCUCAUCUUGGUCGCCUCCCGGGACAUUAAAGCCGGGGAGGAGCUCCUGUACGAUUAUGGGGACAGGAGUAAAGCUUCUCUUGAGGCUCAUCCGUGGCUGAAACACUAAUUUAUCUUUUCCCUCUCUCCAAAUCGUCUCUGGACUGCUUCCUUGGCUUGAAAGAGGACGUGGUACCCUUGUUUACAGCCGUUGUGGCAAAUCGCCUCCAAAACGUGCUCCAUCGUGAUUAUUUUAAAAGUCAGCUACAGAGCGGCAUGUUCUUCCUCUGAGCAGACUUAAAACAGAAUCCUUGAAUAUUUUUUUACUUCCUAGGGUCACCUGGAUUAUCUGCUCCCCCACCCCCCACCCCCAAUGUCCCUGUUUGUACAUAGAGAAAUGAAUUUAUCAGUGCUUCCUGACGAUACCAUUUUGGGACUAAUAUGAGCUUGUAUAGAGAAGAACGCUGUUUUUGAGAUUUUGUCCAUUUUAAAGGUCACAUUUGUGCUGGAAGAGGGGGAAAAGGUGAGGGCAAAGCCAACCCCAAGGAGCAGACAGACAGUCAUCGCCUCAUGGAUUCCGUGCCUGUUCAAGGAGAGACCGGAGGCGUCUUAUUUCCAACCUUUUCUUCGGCAUGACAUCAGCGCCUGCUGAUCAUCAAAUGGUGGCCACCCUUGAACUUCGUCAAGAUGUUUCUUGAGUUUCUGAGCACUUCUGAACUUUGGUAGCGAACAUUCACUUUUGUGAUGGGUCGAUCCGCUCUCUGGGAAGAUGGAAGGACAGAUCGCCCCUCAUCCAGAAUCUCCUUGGUUGGAAGGGAGGGAGGCUGCGCUGAUGAUGGCAGACUAGACUUUCCAGCAUCAGUGCUUGCUCUGUAGUUCUGUUUCUGCUUCCUAAGGUCCCCUUUCCAUCAGAAGGAGGAAAACUGGAGCAGGCACCCUUCAAUAACUUGAUUCAUUAUCUCCUACAUCCGUUGACUUGAUGGCCGUCGGCCUUUUCUUGAACCCGGUGCUGCUGAGGCUGAAUAAUGGCCAAGCUGUCAGAAAAAGGAAAUAAUUGCUGGGUGGCGAGUACUCUGAACUGGCGUUGUUGCCCUCAGCGUUGUGGCUUCUUUUCGUGGCGUUUGUCUUGUUGGCACUCUUUGGGGUCGAAACUAUCCAAGGCUACUCGAGAGGAAGAGAUGUAAUCAUGUGGCAAGCCAGCUCCAGUUUAUGUAUGCUUUAAAGAAAUAAAUUGUGGCUGCUUCA